UGUGUCUCUGGUGAUGUGUCUGUGGUGAUGUGUGUGUGUUUUGUCUCUGGUGUGUGUCUCUGGUGAAGUGUCUGUGUGCGUGUGUGUCUCUGGUGAUGUCUGUGUGCGUGUGUGUCUCUGGUGAUGUCUGUGUGCGUGUGUGUCUCUGGUGAUGUCUGUGUGCGUGUGUGUCUCUUGUGAUGUGUGUGUGUGUCUCUGGUUAUGUGUGGUGUGACGUGAUGUGGUGGUGAUGCUGACACAGAUGUGUUGUAGUUGGUCUCAGUCAUGGAGUGUGUGAGCGCCGCUCUGUUCCUGCAGCUGUGGACACAGUUUGAUAAAGACGAUGAUGGAUUCAUCGAUGAGAUAAAACUGGAGGAGUUCUUACGCCUUGUGAUGAAGACUUCGGAUGUGUCUGAGGUGCAGAAAAUGAAAGAGAAGGUUGUGAGAAGUUGUGACAUCACAGCAGAUGGACGUCUUCACAUGGAGCAGGUGUCCGGCGCUCUUUUGCCCAAGCAGGAGAACUUUCUCCUGAUGUUCCGCAGAGAAACGCCGCUGGAUAACAGUGUGGAGUUCAUGAGGAUCUGGCGUCUCUAUGACUCUGACAGCAGCGGAUACAUUUCUGCUAUAGAGCUGAAGAGUUUCCUGCAGGAUCUCCUCCAUCAGCAUGACAAACAUAUCUCCACAGACAAACUGCAGGAGUACACUGAUACCAUGAUGGAGGCGUUUGAUACGAAUCAGGACGGACGUUUGGAUCUGAAUGAUCUGGCGAGGAUCCUGGCCCUGAAGGAGAACUUUUUGCUCAAGUUUCAGAUGGAGGCCUGCAGUCUGGAGGAUCGCAGGAGAGACUUUGAGAAGAUUUUUGCUCAUUAUGACAUGAGUAACACAGGGGCGCUGGAAGGCCCAGAGGUGGAUGGUUUUGUUAAAGACAUGAUGGAGUUAGUGAAGCCCAGUCUCAGCGGAUCAGACCUGGACAAGUUCAAACAGGUUCUUCUGGGUCACUGUGACAUCAAUGGAGAUGGAAAGAUCCAGAAGAACGAGCUGGCGCUGUGUCUGGGACUGAAACUCAAUCUCUGAAUCCUGCACAGUAACCUCGUGAUGACACCGCCUGUGUUCUCUCUGUGUUCAUUCUGUGCUGUUUAAGUGCAACACAAACACAAAUGAUGUGUAAACACUACGUGAGGAAUAGAUGUGAUGUGAUGUGAUGAUAUGUGAACAAAUAUAAAGUGUCUGAUCAAUCAUUCUAUUGCUUAAUAAAUGUUGUGCAUUUCACA